AAGGAGAGUAACUCCGAGCAGAAACUCAUUGUAAUAAUGAUGUUAAAAAUAAAUUCACUCUCACGGCCGUCGUAUAACGACUUCUACAUACAGGAAAAGUAUUCUGGGCUCACAAAAUCAAGGUUGAAAACAUAUUCGAACGAAAUUCAAAACUCGACUGCACACCUGACUUUAGAGACAAGUACAUGAACUCGUGUUUGGUUUUUUUACCAUUCAUUCUCUGUUGUGUGAACUGCAUGUGAACUUUGAGAGAAGGAACAUUCGUCUCUCAAACGAGUUAAAAUGCCGUUAUCAUCAAAGACCCCCAGGGCCCUGUCGGACAUCUUUGAAAGUCCCAGUGACGAUGAAGACUUCCUGGGUUUUGCAAUGUCAGUGCCUAGUGACAGCGAAUCAGACGACAGCAGGGGCAGCCUUGACUCUGGGAAGCCGGUUGUGCGUUUCAGGUCAAAGUUUGUGACCGCAGAGUUGUGCGUAGCGGAGGAGAGUGAUGAAGACACAGGUUUCUACUCCGAGGGGGAGGAGCCAGAGACACACACAAGAAGGAGUCUCUGUGUUGCCUUUAGGUUUCCCACCAAAAGACUCUCUGCCAAGAAAGGGGAGGCACCAAAGAAACCCCAGCCAAUCACUACCGCCACUUCGAAGAGGACAACCAAUGAAAAGGAGCAUCUGAAAAGGGGUGUGUCUCAGGUGUCCCGUGGGAUGGUGACACGGGGUCAGAAACAGCCUCUAAGAAAAGAGGAGGUUGAGUCUCCAGUUCUAAAUAAACGAGCCAAGAACAUCCAGGAGAACAAGGCCAUGUUGGCCAAGCUGUUUGCUGACCUGACCAACAUGGCUGAACUCCCCCCCUCUACCAUGAAGAGGCGUGUGAGUGAGAAGCCGACCCCUCGUAGACGAGGUGUGCAUGAGGGGGGCGAGAGGAGGAACCCAUUGCGUGCGGCCAGACCGCCAGAGAAGUUUGGGGUGGAGGAGCGGACUACCUCCCCUUCACAUAACAACAAAUCUGUGAGGACUGUCUGUGUCAGGAAACUACUGGAGGUGGAUGAUGAGCUGAGAAGAAGUGGGAAGAAGAGGAGGGCGAGCAGUGGGAAGAGGAGGAAGAUUACACAUGUGAGAUCAGUCGAUGAGAUCACGGAGGAAGAGCUGGACAACGUGGCGGAAGGCGCCAAAGACAAGAUACUGGACAAGGACCACGGCAGCACUUGUCAUCAGUGUAGACAGAAGACUCUGGACACCAAGACGGUGUGUCGUAGCGGAGUAUGUUCAGGGGGCAAAGGUCAGUUUUGUGGGCCCUGUCUGAGGAACCGCUACGGAGAGGACGUACGCUCUGCCCUGCUGGAUCCAGACUGGGAGUGUCCUCUUUGUAGAGGUAUCUGUAACUGCAGUCUGUGUCGACGGAGAGAAGGACGUUGUGCAACAGGACAACUCGUCCAUUUGGCUCAACACAAGGGCCACAGCAAUGUCCAAGAUUACCUGGAGAGCAUCCAAAAAGAUCUUCGAGCCUAGAGACAAGACCAGACAAGCAGACAGCUCCCCUGUUGGUCAGGACAGACAAUUACACCCUGGAGGCCCAGAGGGAGAGACCCAGCAGACAGAGGGUGUCUCAAUCUCUCCUUUCUCCUGAAGUUUACUCUCUUCACUACUUCCCACAAAGCAUUGGAUUUGCAGAGGCUAAAGGGAGUUUCCACCAAAUGUCUUAUACCAGUCAUUUCCCUACAAAUCAAUGGAUGGAAGUGAACAAGUGCACACUUUGGGCAGAAGGAGAGAUAAUUAGGACGUGGUCAUACUGACACACAGAAUUGUUCUGCUUUAGUACUGCUACAGUUCACUCGAGUCCAUUUUGGAUCUCUAGAUGGUCUAGAACAGUGUUCCUCAAUGACUGCCACGUCCCUCUAACACUCUAUUUAAUCAUAGUUAUGUUCAGUAGGGAGACAAUGUUUUGGAAACAGGAGGUAGUACCUGACAUUUUCCAGUAAGAACAUGUAAUUACCAUUUAUUGUUGCAAAAUAUUUUGCUACGGUGUACACCACUGAAUAUGACCCAGGAAAACCAUAACUUGUGGAUCCCUGCAACUAAAAAGAUUGAGCAACACCGGUCUAGAUGGAUAUCUGUGGUUCCAAGACUGUGUUUACACGGGCAGCCCAAUUCUGAAAUCAUAUUUUUAUGCAACAGCCGUCAGGCAGUGGAGUUUAACUUUUUAUUAGACCUUGGAUGUGUCGGAGGGUACAGACAACCACUGUUAAAUUCAAUACCUUUUUAAUUUGGGGAAUAAUGUUUACGCACUGAUUAUUAUGCUAAAUUAGCAUAGUUUGAGUUUACACCUAUUUUUACCACUGCAUCCCUAGUAGUAAGACAUGGUUUACCUUUUACUGAAAGGAACAGAACAUAUUCCCUUAUAGACCAUAGCCAAUACAAUUGGACCUAUGGGAUGUAUAGUGUACUGUUUACUACACUGUUUUAAUGGGUUUUUUCCCUUCUAUAUGGAGUUGGUUUUAAGACUGCUUCUGAAAGUGGACACUGUAUGUUGGAUCUGAAAUAAAGAACUGAAGUUCAAAUGUUUACUA